CAGAAGCUAUGGCUACAUUAGCCAGGUUGCAAGGUCGGUCUGCGACUAUAGGAAACCUUUACUACUUUAAAAACAGUGUUGUGGAUCAAUUUAGGAAGAAGGAAACUGAUGCGGCGAUUAAAAUCCAGAGCUGGUUUCGAGGAUGUAAAGUGCGGGCGUAUAUCAGGCUUUUACACAAAGGAGUAACAGUUAUUCAAAAAUGGUGGAGAGGUUUCUUAAACAGACAGCAUUAUCAAUUAGUGGUGAAGAUAGCAUAUUAUACUAUGAAGAUGAAUCUCUACAAUACAAUGGCUGUCAGGAUUCAGAGACGAUGGCGAGGCUAUAGGAUUCGGAAAUAUUGUUUUAAUUAUUAUUACUUGAAGGAAUAUUUGAGAGCUGUUUCAGAAGCCAAUGAUGCAAUCAGUGAGGCCCUGGAAGAGUUCGCCGAGAUGAAAGAGAGGGAAGAGAAGAAGGCCGAGCUGGAAAGGCAAGAGAAGGAAAGAGAUUACCAAGCUCGAAAGAUGCAUUACCUCCUCAGCACAAAGCAGAUUCCAGGAAUAUACAACUCACCAUUCAGAAAAGAGCCUGACCCAUGGGAGUUGCGGCUACAAAAAGCAAAGCCUUUGACUCACCGAAGACCUAAAGUUAAGCACAAGUACACCAUCGACCUUGACAGUUGGCUAGCUUGCACGAGCUCUCGUUCUUUUCCUCGGUCUGAGAUUCUGCCACCCAUUAAUAGGAAGCAAUGUCAGGGGCCCUUCCGUGAUGUCGCUGAAGUAUUGCAGCAACGCUAUAAGCCUUUGGAGCCAACCCUGCGGGUGGAGGAACCGAUCAAUACUUUACAGGAAGCCAGGGAGUUACUCCGGAGAAAGGAGUGUAUGCGCAACAUAAAUGAUAAUCUGUUUUUGCCAUUUUCUUCCUACCAUAAAAAUGAGAAGUACACACCAUCAGUGUACUCACCAUGCAAGUAUGAUGCGGAUUCCUAUCGACAUCAACACUUCCGCGAGGAGAAUCCUAAGAAGUGGGUCAAUGCCAAGGAUUUCCAAACGGUAUUACCAUCAUUUGAGCUCUUCUCGAAGUAUGGGAAACUAUAUUCAAAAGCUGGGCAGAUUUUAUAAAGGAAGUAGAAAACAAAAAUGUAAACUCAAGGUUAAGAUGUGACGUGUGUGUGAAAUAGAAAAUACUACUGCUUAGAGUUCUGGAUUCUACUUCCAUGACUGCUGACACAAACCCCUUAACUUCUGAAGUUUUCUCUUUCUUACGUGUCAGAAGAAGAAAUUAGAAUCAUCUGUGCUUCUUUCCAAAAAAAUUCUACAACUCUGAAAGGAAAAUUGAAUAAAUGUCCUACAAGAAAAUAUACGGAAACCAUAUGAUUCAAUAAACUACGGUGCUUUAUAGUCAAGGAGUCAUAGAUUGAA